UCGUGUUCGAGGGAACCUCGAGCAGAAGAUCGCACGGUACCAGCGUGCUAAGAACAAGCAUGCGCCAAGUGGCCCCCCUGCAGUGGACCCUGGCCCUCCAACAGUCACCAUUGAGAGUGUUGGCCACGAGGACAAUGUUGAAAAGGCCUGUGACGCAAUGACAGAAACAACACUUACUCUACAGGACAUCUCAAACCAGAUUUUGGAGAACAAAUCAUUAAAAGAGCGCAUCAUUUGUAUGGAACAGGACUUGGCAGUCGCUAAAAAGAAGAUUGCUGAGCUUGAGGAGGAAAAGAAGCCACCCAACCUUCCGGAAGUUACCAAAAGCACAGUCAUGCAGUCUGACAAGACUGUGAAAUUUUACACGGGGCUAGUGUCUACAGCCAUGUUUAAUGCCUUGCUGCAGUUUGUGCUGUCCAUCUGGAAUCCCCCACACAGGACAUGCCUAGAUUCAGAGCAGCAACUGAUCCUAGUGCUCAUGAGACUGCGACUAGGUCUUCUAACACAAGACCUGGCAUGUCGAUUUGGCAUCUCAGCAUGCACUGUAAGUGUAAUUUUCCACUCGUGGCUCGACGCUUUGGCAGAGAAUCUCAAGAAGUUCAUCAUCUGGCCAUCUCGACGGUCGAUUCAAACCCAUCGUCCUCGAGCAUUUCGAGACCCAUUAUUUGACCAUGUCAGGGGAAUAAUUGACUGCACGGAAGUAUUUUUCCAGAGACCAACUGUAAUGAAGGCCAGAAGCCAAACUUUUUCCAGCUACAAACACCACAAUACCAUCAAGCUGCUUGUUGUGGUAUCCCCGUCAGGAGCAAUCACGUUUGUUUCGAAAGCCUGGGGGGGCAGGGUUUCCGACAAGGAGCUAACCUUACACAGUGGGCUACUUGACAUGGUUGAAGAGGGAGAUGUCUAUCUUGUUGACAGAGGGUUCCGCUGUGAAGACAUGUUUGCAGCUCGAGGCGCAACCCUUUUGAUGCCCUCACUAACAAAGAAGCGCACCCAACUACCUGGAGCCGAAGUCACUGCGUCAAGGAAACUCUCCAGCGUCCGCAUCCAUGUUGAGAGAGCAAUACGAAAGCUGAAAGUUUUUAGAUUAUUCCAGACCGAGCUGCCGGUAAGUUUCGUGAAAAGAGCUCUCGAUGAGGGCUACGUGACCAUAUACAAGAUAGCAGCGGUGUGCGGCGGGCUCGUCAACCUGCAAACUCCUCUCAUCAACAGCCGCUAG